AUGUCAAGUCAAGCCAGUUGGAAGUCUGUGACGGGCAUUGCCACGUUGCUUUUUGAUGGGAAUCUGGUAGCAAUUGCCAUUGCGAUUUUAUUUACAUUCGGUGUUCCGAUCUUUCUUCAUGUUGUCUUCUUCCGUGCUGUAGCAUCGCCGCCGUCAAGCAACUUCUUGAUGCUUGGCCCGAGUGGCUCAGGCAAGACCGCAUUCACAACUUUGCUUGAGGCAAAAUCCUUCCCGGCAUCCAAAAAGACGCAUCUCACACACACCUCGCAGACCUCAACAUUUGUGUCCGUGAGCUUGCCGCCAUCCGUCCCUACUGCGUCUAACCGCUACCGAUCUGUCAAUGAUCCUUCACUGAAAGAGGCUUCGCGGAACCCAGUUCGCUACCGCGUGAAAGACACCCCAGGUCAUGGUAAACUCCGCGCUUCUCAGGGAAUUGCGACCCUCCAAACAAUGACUAUCUCCAAUGAUACGAGCACCAAGAUUCGUGGUUUAAUAUUCAUGGUGGACACUGCGGCAUUGGUGGAUGAGACUAUCUUGCGAGACACUGCGACAUAUUUGCAUGAUGUGCUGCUGGUCCUGCAGAAGCGUGAGCUGAAGAAGUCUUCUGCCAAGCGAUCUAUUGGGGUUCCAGUCUUGCUAGCUGCGAACAAACAGGACUUGUUUACAGCUUUGCCUCCAGGGUCUGUACGGGACAAGCUAGAGACUGAGAUUGAUCGGAUUCGCAAAUCCAAGACCAGGGGCCUGUUGGACGCCAGUGCUGAUGCCGGGCUGGACACCGAAGAGGAAAUGCUGGGUAAUGAUGACGGACAGGGUGUCUUCAGCUUCAAGUUGCUUGAAGAGGAAGUGGGCGUUAAGGUAGAAGUAGUGGGUGGCGCUAUCAAAGGUGACUCGGAGGAAGAAUUCGGCUCUGGAGUACGUCGCUGGGAGGAGUGGAUUGGCCAGUGUCUGUAA